CACGCGCGCCGACAGGCUGAGCUGCAGGGACUCCGCUCUGGAUAUUAUCGGACUCGGGAUCCCUCCGAUGUGCAAUAUGACUUUUGAAGAAACCACCGGGGAUAACUCGACUGAGAGGAUGGACUCUGUGACUCAAGCUUUGGAAGAGGUGCUGAGUGCUGCCUUGCCUCAGGGUUGCAUCACUGUGGGAGUCUACGAGGCUGCAAAGUCCCUCAAUGCGGAUCCAGACAAUGUGGUGUUGUGUCUGCUGGCGGCGGAGGAGCACGAGGAGGAUGUGGCGCUGCAGAUCCACUUCACCUUGAUCCAGGCCUUCUGCUGCGAGAACGACAUCAACAUCCUGCGCGUCAGCAACACGCGGCGUCUGGCCCAGAUCCUGGGCGGGGUGAAGCCCGGGGCCGAGCCCACGGACCUGCACUGCGUUCUGGUGACGAAUCCCGGCUCGUCGCUGCUGAAGGACCCGGCUCUUGGCAAGCUGAACCGGUUCUGCAGAGACAGUCGCUGCCUGGACCAGUGGGUGCCGGUGGUGAACCUCCCCGACCGGUGACGGAGCCCGCCGGGAUGCUCGUGCGUCGCGGGCGGUUUUGGCGGCAAAAAAGUGAUUUGCACAGGGACUGUACUGAUGUCGGUGUCGGACUCGUUUGGAAGCCUUUCCCACAGAGGGAGAGAUUUGGAAACCAUCAAGGAGAAAACAAGGAAAGGAAGGGAAGUGCCCUGACAGAUUUACCAGGUCAUAACGAACUCAUGUUCGGAGGCGGAGGAAGAGGAGGAGGAGGAGGAAAAGGAGUGACUCAGCAGUCUGAGGAUUUCCAGCGUGUGACUGCGUCCUGCUCUGCCUAGAAAGGAAUCCUUUCAGGGGAAAUUUGGAUCAUGUGACGGCACCGGCGGGGGCGGGUGGGAG